CUCAUUCCCCUGGCUGGAGUGGUGUCCUUCGCAGCAGUUGGGGCGCUCGCUUUUUCUGUCUAUUCCCUCUUCAGCAAAUCCGAUGUGAUCGUUAACAAGAGUGGCAAUCCAGAACCGUGGGAAACUGUCGAUCCUACCAAGCCUCAGAAGCUGUUAACAAUCCAUCAGAAAUGGAAACCCAUAGAAGAGCUGGAAAAUGUCAGAAAGCUUACGAAGUGA